AUGAGAAUCCAAUGCUUCCUCCACCCACAAUUGCGCGCAGCGCUUCCCCGAUCCGUGCAGAGAGAUCUCAGUAGCAGAUUAUUUACUCGGCUCAAGACGACUCAGAACGCAUUCAAAGGAAAUGGAUUAUCUGCCGCGAAACCGAAAGAGAACAAUGGCAGCUUGACAGGCUCCAGUGCUUCUACGAACUCCCCAACGACACACGCAAAGACUGCCAUCAGACGAGGACCUCCAGAACGGAUAUUGAUCUAUCAUGGCGGGACGGGAAAGGUCAUAUUCCUGGGCAUGUUGCGUAUCACGACGAUCUUCCUCUUUGGAGUUUCUUGCCUUGUCGUGGCUCCAGCCUUUUUCUCUGACGACUACCCAUGGUAUAUAGCACCAGCUGUGGUCGUGGGUGGCGCGUUACCGAUGCUAUUCGUUGCCUACACUUCUGCCCCAUUUGUGAACUUUGUACAUCUCGCGCUUCCCGUCUUUGCUCGUCGUUCGCGGGAGCAGACCCUACAAUAUGCGAAGAACUUACCUCCGACAGCCACGUUGUAUAUCAAUACUAUGAAGUUCACGACGAUCCCGCGGCAGACUGAGGUGCGAUUGGGAGACCUGGUUCGUGACAAAGCCUUGUUACGGCCAGUGAGCUUUCGAAAUACAAACCCAGCUCCUCUACCUUGGUGGGCAGGUAGGACAUUGAGGCAAUUCUACACGGCAGAAAAGAGUCAACCAGGGAAGGAGUCCUCCACAUUUUACCCUGAACUGUGGGAGCAUGUAUACAGGCAGAUUCCAACCUCACCACGACCGAGGCGAAGCUAG